CACAUUCUUCUACCCUCAGAACCACAUUCACGUCAAACACAGAUUUGCAAUGACGCAUACAGGUGCUUUCGCGAGGCCAAUGUCAAUAACCCAACAGAGACAGUUGUUUCUACAGCCACUGCUGAGGAUCGAUUCACCUAUGAAAAAAAUCGACGUCUGAUACUCAACACAUCGCCGUUCAGACUGACCGGUAUAAGAAAAAAUCAAUUAAAAAAAAAUUCUCUGUACACCCAAUGGCACGCUAGGAAUUUUUUUCCGUGCAAACACUUUGACUCAGCAUUGAAGUUCACCAUAAAUGGCUUCACUUUUGCCCCCCCAACCCGCUGUUGUUCUACAAUCCCAAACAUGUGUGACAGAAACGUGGCAUGUAAUUGCAGGCCUCUCCCAGCCCUCAUGCAGACAUCUGCUGUUCUGAUGACAGUGCGCAUACAGACCCCUCUGAGUCAUUUAAACUUUAAAGAUCCUCUAGAGGAGGUUGCGAGUGUGUGAGAGUCGCCCCUUCACUCUCUCUUGGUCGCUUCUCCAAAAGAUCUGGCAGUUUGAAACAACCAGACAAUCUCUUAAGUCCUUCCAAGUUUUCCAGAAAUCCUGAGGCCUUUUAUCUGAGUCAGAAUGGGAGCGUUUAUUGCCAAGAUGUUGCUGCCCACAAUCAGCAGUUUAGUGUUCCUGCCUGCAGCCAGUGUGGCCGCCAAGAGGGGUUUCCAUAUGGAGGCCAUGGUCUAUUUCUUCACAAUGUUCUUCACAGCGAUUUACCAUGCAUGUGAUGGUCCAGGCUUGUCCAUUCUGUGUUUCAUGAAGUAUGAGAUCCUGGAGUACUUCAGCGUGUACGGCACAGCUAUCUCCAUGUGGGUCACGCUACUAGCGCUGGGAGAUUUCGAUGAACCCAAACGAUCUUCGCUCACCAUGUUUGGGGUGUUGACAUCGGCUGUGAGAAUCUACCAGGACCGCUUAGGCUACGGCAUCUACUCCGGCCCCAUCGGAACAGCUGUCUUCAUGAUAACAGUCAAAUGGUUACAAAUAAUGAAGGAAAAGAAAGGUCUUUAUCCUGACAAAAGUGUUUACACUCAACAAGUGGGGCCAGGGUUCUGCUUCGGCGCUCUUGCUUUGAUGCUUCGCUUCUAUUUUGAGGAGUGGGACUACGCUUAUGUCCACAGUUUCUAUCAUGUGUCACUGGCUGUGUCCUUCAUUCUGCUGCUGCCCAAGAAGAACCGCUACGCCGGGACGGGACGCAACGCAGCCAAACUCAAAUGCUACACCCUCUGCUGCUGUACUUCACAACCUCAGAUGAAGGAAAAAGCACGGACUAUCUGGACUACUCCUCAGAAACCCUGGAUGCGGACCUGUGGUCCUGGCCUGCCAUUACACAAAUCCCAGCCACGCACCAUGUAAUGCAAGAAACUGUGUCUGUUAGCAGCACACUGAAAGUGAGGACAGUUAUACGACCUCCCAGCAAGCCAAGUAUGCCUUGGACAAUUUAUUUGUAGGGAUUGCAUGAUGCCCGAUUGACAUCAAAAUCACUGAAAACAGGUACUGAAACAUGCUUUUAAUGACAAGAUAAGGAUUGUGACAGAGAAAAAUCUCCAUGACAAGAAGAGUUCAUCUGAAAAGAAAAGAGCAAGACCAAGACUGGAUUUGACUCAUCAAAUCCAGCUGGAAAGUUUCUGAGUCACAAAAAACAGCAGACGUAUUAUCUAUCCAAAAUGAAUAAACUGUCUUUCAGAGGUUCCUCAGUAGGGACCACUUGUCUAUGUCCAUUUAAGAGACUGUAAAAGAGGCCAUUUAAUUCUUUAUAUUCAUCUGUUUGUGCCAGACAGGUCAGACAUCAUCUGGGUACAACUAAACUCUGAACUAAACCUAUGAAGAAGCAAACAAAUGGUUUGAUAGCAGCAGAAUGAGGGAGGUCACAUUUUUAAGUAAAUCGGGAGGCUUUUAGAAUUUGUUUUUAUGUAAAUAUAUUUAUUUAUUACACAGUUUAAUUUUAUGUAUCAAUUGUCAUUUUU